GUGAAACCGCGUGAGAAAGUUGCCAUUGAGGUAAAGCAGAGCAGGACCGUGAACAGUUCCCGCCGCUGUGGGAGUUGUUGUUAUCAAAAUUAACGACAUAUUUCCUCGUUUUUUAUUUUUUGUCUUAAAAACGAGAAAUCUAUUUUGGAGGCAAGGCUUGCUUCCACACCGAUCGAGGAAGUAAAUAUUUCUGUAUUUGUUGACCGUUCAACCGCCAGCCAGUGACCGCGGCGAGUCAAGUGGGAACUCUUCUCUGCAAUUAACUUGUGUGGAUUUGUUUCUGAUGCUCUGACUGAGCGCCGGCAGUUUGCGGCUGUCUGUUGAGGAUCUACGGGUUGAUUUUAUCUUGUUUGUUUGUUUGGUCGGCUCUCCGUACUCGGAAUACAUCAGUUCGCACACAAAACAAACGUCGGAGUGGCGAAGGUGGCUCCAGCCCUAUUUUUUUUCUCACCUGGCUCUCCUGUCCUUCUCUUCCCUCCCCCUUCAGCUGCUUUCAACUAAUGAGCCGUUUCCCGUGUUUUUCCGGUUGAUUUACGGUCGCGCUGCCUGUGGAGCGGAGGACAGACGACGACCGAGAGACAGGAAGAAGCGGAAAUUCACGUUAAACGGUCGGUGAACCCAGACGAAGCGGACAAGCGGUCGGUGCCUUUUUUUUUUCUUUUUUAAUUAACGAUCGUUGGUCCUAAUAACAACGGCGGAUGGAUUCCUCUCCCUGAUUGGGAGCUUCCCACAACCUUACUUUUCACCCCCAUUUGAUCCCACUUUGACGGGGUUUUAAGAAGGAAACGGUUUCAUCCUCCCGGAGAUAACAAUGUUUCCCCAGGGGCGACACCCGACGCCCCACCAGGCUCCAGGCCAGCCCUUCAAGUUCACCAUCCCAGAGUCACUGGACCGCAUCAAGGAGGAGUUUCAGUUUCUUCAGGCACAGUACCACAGUCUCAAACUGGAGUGUGAGAAGCUGGCCAGUGAAAAAACAGAGAUGCAGAGGCACUACGUCAUGUACUAUGAGAUGUCGUAUGGCCUCAACAUUGAAAUGCACAAACAGACUGAGAUUGCCAAGAGACUAAACACCAUCUGUGCACAAGUCAUUCCCUUCCUCUCACAGGAGCAUCAGCAGCAGGUGGUUCAGGCUGUGGAGCGAGCCAAACAGGUGACCAUGGCAGAGCUCAAUGCUGUCAUCGGGGUACGUGGACUGCCAGGUCUUCCACCUACACAGCAGCACUUGUCCCAUAACCAUGGUGGUGCUCCUGUGCCCCUCACUCCUCACCCUGCUGGUCUCCAUCCUUCUCAGCUGGGUGGUUCAGCUAGUCUUCUGGCUCUGUCAGGAGCACUCGGAGCUGUUCCUCCUCAUCUGGCAGGAAAAGAGAGUGGUGAGAAAAAACCUCACUUGUCCGGACAAGACUCUCACCCCGCAGGACCCGAACACCUGAGAGAGCGAGAACCCAGCACAAGUAACUCAUUGCUGCCAGAAAGUCUUAGGAAUUCAGAUAAGCGACGCAACGGACCUGACUUCUCAAAUGACACCAAAAAGCGAAAGGUGGAUGACAAGGACUCAAGUCACUAUGAUAGCGACGCAGAGAAAAGUGAUGACAAUUUGGUGGUGGAUGUCUCAAAUGAGGAUCCAGCCUCCCCUCGUGGCACACCUCUUCCUUCUCCUAGAGAAAAUGGUUUGGAUAAAGCGCGUCUUCUCAAGAAAGACCCCUGUAGUCCAGCCUCUACUGCAUCAUCAGCCAGCUCCUCCUCCCUAAAGUCUAAAGAGAUGGCAAUGCGAGAUAAGGCAGGUACACCUGGGCUGAAGUCAAGCACACCCACGCCUAGAGGUGACUCCACCCCCGGGCCCAGCUCCACACCUGGAAUCCGACCAAAUCUUUCAAAACCCCCCUCAAUGGAGAUACCACAUCCACCUACUGCAGGUUUGCGAACUCCCCUGGCUGUACCAGGUCCAUAUCCAGGUGCAUUUGGCAUGUUGCCCCACACAGCAGGAAUGAACGGGGAGCUAGCUGGUGCAGCUGGAGCUGCAGCCUAUGCUGCUGGACUGCACAACAUGUCACCUCAGAUGAGUGCUGCAGCGGCAGCUGCAGUGGCCGCAUACGGGCGGUCACCAAUGGUUGGUUUUGAUCCUCAUCCUCACAUGCGAGUUCCUGGAAUGCCUCCUAGUCUGACAGGAAUCCCUGGUGGCAAACCUGCCUAUUCAUUUCAUGUCGCGGCCGACGGACAGAUGCAGCCAGUUCCAUUUCCUCCAGAUGCUUUGGUGGGGCCUGGGAUCCCUCGCCAUGCCCGUCAGAUCAACACACUGAACCACGGAGAGGUGGUGUGUGCUGUUACCAUCAGUAACCCCACCCGACAUGUGUACACAGGAGGAAAGGGCUGUGUCAAGGUGUGGGACAUUAGUCACCCAGGAAACAAGAGCCCUGUGUCCCAGCUAGACUGUCUGAACCGAGACAACUACAUCCGGUCUUGCCGUCUUCUCCCUGAUGGUCGGACGCUUAUUGUGGGAGGCGAGGCAAGCACGUUGUCAAUCUGGGAUUUGGCCACGCCUACUCCCAGGAUUAAAGCAGAGUUAACAUCAUCAGCACCAGCAUGCUACGCUCUGGCAAUUAGCCCGGACUCCAAAGUUUGCUUUUCUUGCUGCAGCGAUGGAAACAUCGCAGUCUGGGACUUGCACAACCAGACACUCGUUAGGCAGUUCCAGGGCCACACAGAUGGAGCCAGCUGUAUCGACAUCUCCAAUGAUGGCACCAAGCUGUGGACUGGAGGCUUGGAUAACACUGUCCGCUCCUGGGAUCUGAGGGAGGGACGACAGCUGCAGCAGCAUGACUUUACAUCACAGAUCUUCUCGCUCGGCUACUGUCCGACAGGAGAAUGGCUCGCUGUUGGAAUGGAGAGCAGCAACGUUGAGGUCCUUCAUGUAACCAAACCGGAUAAAUACCAGCUUCAUCUACAUGAGAGCUGUGUGCUCUCCCUGCAGUUUGCCUACUGUGGCAAAUGGUUUGUGAGCACAGGAAAGGACAACUUACUGAAUGCAUGGAGGACACCUUAUGGGGCGAGCAUAUUCCAGUCUAAAGAAUCGUCCUCGGUACUAAGCUGUGACAUAUCUGUGGAUGACAAGUACAUUGUUACUGGUUCAGGGGACAAGAAGGCCACUGUUUAUGAGGUCAUCUACUAAAUAUAUGGAAAGAAAGCUGGGACACUUGUUCUUUUUCCAAUAUGCUCUGUGUUUCUAGAAAUUUUCCCUUGGAUCACAGAUAAGGUGGACCUUGAUGGCACAUUCUUUCUUCUGUUAGAAACCUUCAGAGAAACACAAAAAGGAGACCCAUAUUGUACAUGCACUGAUCUGUUGUGCCUGUGUACAUGACUCCAACUCAGCUGGGAAUAAACUAGAGCAAGUGGAUGAUAAUAGAAGCACAGGAAAUAUUCAGAUAUCUGCUUACUGCUGGGGGCUAACCUGGGAUCAGUUACAUGAAUCAGAGAAAGGACCAAAGGGGACUCUGAAACGAGCUCUUCAGACAACACUGCUGAACAUCAGAUAUUGAAACACACUAAAUGUCAGCGCAACUACAUUUGGACAACCUCUCAGGCCUGCAGGGUGACUGUGUAAACAAACGGCAAAUGGAGAGGGAAGAAUGGACAAGAAAUGGCAUCAUGUUGGAAAGGAGGGAGAAAGGAGGGACAUUUUCGAACAGUGAAUGCGGAAUAUGUUGAUUUGUAUUUUGUUUCAGACGACGCUCACAGCCUUCCGUUCCUGUUAGCUAUGGCUGUUUGACCUUAAAACCUCAGCUUGCUGUUCUGAUACGCCUACUCUGUCUGAAAAGUACGUUCUCUGUCUUUACCUUAAGUCCUAUCCUCACUAACUGCACUGUAGUUGUAGCUUUCCACCUACACGCUGUACUUAACUACUUAAAAUGUCCCAAUGGUACAUUUUUAAAACAUGCUGAAGGCUAUGAUGACUUGUCUCACAUUAUGCUGCCAUUAACAUCUGUCAUGAGUUUAUUUGAUCCUCAUGUAACGUGAUAGGGUUUUUUUUAAAGAUCCAUACCAGUUUCAAAUGGAAGAAGUAAAGCACUCAGCUAUGUGAAGAAAAAUAAGCAUAACAAUCCAGAUAAGCUUCAAGAACAGGAAAUGGUAAAAUGUUACAGAAUCCUUAACUUGGGUUAUUCUGAAAAACCUUCUCUCUGUGAUCUCAAUUUUAAAAAAGAAAAGAAAAAAAGUUGAAAGCAAGAGUGAAAACCUGGUGUUUUCAAAAAAAAAGUUGAUUGAAGAUUAACUAAUUGUCAAAUUCUAUUAUUCCUUCUCUAUUAAUACAUAGUUUUCAUAUAUUUUCACACUAAAGUUGUCCUACACAAAUGUAAAAUCUCCACAAUAUUGACAGAAAUAUUUAGAUGGAGCUUUAUUCUAACAAAAGCAAGGGGCAGGGGCAUGGCAAUAAUAACAAUAUAGCAGUAAUCUAUGCCAUCAGUGCAUGUUGGUGGGUGUUUCCUUAGAGUAACCCCACAGUUAAGUCCCUUUCAGACAUUAGAUACACAGCAUUACUGGCUUCAUGAUACUGGUAAAGUGCUGUAGGUCCCUGUGUUUCUCCCAGGUUGACUACUUUGGGGUAGUGAAGUGAGUAUAAUGACUUAAAAAAUAAUUUGGGGUUUAUGUUCUUUGGCUUCUAGGAGUGUGAGCAUUGGUAAAGUAAACACGAAUUCAUUCAGACGUGAUAUGUGCAGAUGUCCGAUUUGAUUUUUGCAAUACGUGCAAAAGAUUUGUUGCACUGCCAGUGUUAACUCUAGUGUGGUUACAUUUGGAUGUUUAAAACUCAGUCAGUCACUGAAAGGGGUUCGUGUGUGUGUGUGUGUGUGUGUGUGUGUGUGUGUGUGUGUGUGUGUUGGGGGUGGAGGUGGGGGGGAAAUCUGUAUGUAUGUGCGUGCUGCACCAGCUGCACCAGCUGUCACAAAUGGACUCUGUGUUGUCCUGGAUCCAUUAUAGCAAAAAUUCUUCAUACACAAAUGUUUUCAACUUGCAAAUUAAAACUAUAGUGGAUUAGAAAAAGGAAAGAAAUGCAUGUCGGAAAGGGCUUUUGCUCAACGGAUCUGAAAUGAUGUCACAGAAUCAGCAUGUCUUUACCGCUGUAAGUCACCCCCACCCUGCCUUUACCACUCUUUCAAACACGUCAUGUCUUAUUGUAUGAAUGGUUGAUUAUAUUUCCUGGAUGGGAACAAAUUAAGGCUUAACAUGUAAUUUAAUCUUGUUGUAUUUAUGGGAAAUCAUAAGUGACCAAGAUGGGUAAAAAAAAAAACAACAAACAAAACAAAACUUCUCCUGAUUAUACUCACUAAAUAAAUGAUUUUUUUUUUUUUGCCAUAUACUUGUUUUACCUUGUAUUCCUGAAAUUUGACACUAGCUCAAAGUUUAGCUUUGAAAUGAAAAAUGUGAUGUCACUUUUUAAAGAUUAAAUCGUAAUUUUUCACCGUCGUCUUAAGGACGAGGGUAGAGAAGGUGCAGUCGCGCUUCAGCUUCAGGAAGGAGUCUGUUAGCUUCAGCUCAUUAAUUUCACAACCUUGUGCUUGUUCUUAAAUCUGUUUCUGUUUGUAUAAAUGUACAUAUGUUCUUUUUUUUCUUACCAGAUUUGCUUUAGAAACAAACUUUUUGUACGUCUUUUACAUGAAGCAGAAACGUCUAAUCGGGAGAAAUACUAAGUGAACUUAAUGCUAGUGGGUCUAAAAUGAUUGAAAUGUCUAGACAAUAAAUGUUUCUUUUUUUAAA